UUUCGCAUCAAAUUCAUGGCAAGAAUAGAAUACAGGAGUGCAGAGUAAAAAGACAGACAGACGAGGAGGAACGCGCAACAACAAGAAGGCAGCAGCAGCAUAGCGUUAGCGGCAUCGGCGUGAUGAGCAGCAACGCGGGCCAGCGCGACGAGGCAAACGAGGGGGGAGACAGCGGAAAGUGGCCCGACCCCCUGUGGGUGUUUGGCUACGGCAGCCUUACCUGGAAAGUCGGCUUUGAACACGAGGAGGCGGUGCCGUGCUUCAUUGAGGGCUACGUGCGACGGUUCUACCAAUUCUCAGAAGACCAUCGAGGUGUCCCAGGCGCGCCGGGGCGGGUUGUCACGUUGAUGGAAAGCGAGAACGAGCACGAUAGGGUGUGGGGUGUGGCGUACAGGAUACACUCGGACCGUGCAGAUGACAUUAUGGCGCACCUCGACUAUCGCGAGAAGGGCGGCUACAAAACCCAGGUUGUGGAGGCGGUGGUGCAUGAGGAACACGUUGACAAUGUUGGCACCUCGUCCUUGAACUGCCUCGUCUACGUCGGCACCGAGGACAACCCCCAGUUUACUGGUGUGCGCGAUGAGGAGGAGAUUGCCAGAGUGAUUGCCACCUCCGUCGGCCCAAGCGGUCCCAACUCCGAAUAUCUGCUGAACCUUGCGCAUGCCCUGCGGGAGAUUGCGCCACAUCACCCCGAUGACCAUAUUGACCGGUUGGAGCGCCUCGUGCGGCGGCACCUCGAUGAAAAGGGAAGCAACAGCAACGACAACAACAGCAGCAGCAGCAGCAGCAGCAGUGACGAUAAGGCAAAGACCUAGCAGGCCAACAAGAAUGUGUGAAGAGGAACACAGGGCGGCAGCGUUAUCUCGUGCGUGUGUGUGUGCGUGCGUGUGUGUGUGGGUGUGUGUGUGUGUGUGUGUGUGUGUGUGCGUGCAAACCUCUUCCUUCGCUUGCUUGUGUCUUCCUUCUUCGACAUUUCAAAUUUCCCGGCGCGAGCAGCUAGGCUUUGCUGCAUUCGCCACCCACUGAAAGAAAUUUCGCCCCUCAUGUCUGUAAACGCGUUCGCAAGCAAG